AUGCGGACUCAUACAGGUGAGAAACCCUACACGUGUGAGGAGUGCAGCAGACAGUUCAGUCGGCUGGAUUGCCUGAAGAAACACAUGCGGGCUCACACAGGGGAGAAACCCUACAGUUGUGGGGAGUGCAGCAGGCAGUUCAGUCAGCUGGUUCAUCUUAGGGCUCAUAUGCGGACUCACACUGGUGAAAAACCCUAUAGAUGUGAGGAGUGCAGCAAACAGUUCGGUCAGCUGGGUGCUCUAAAGUCUCACAUACGGACUCACACAGGGGAGAAACAGUAUAAGUGUGACGGGUGCGGCAAACAGUUCAGUCAGCUGAGUGCUCUUAAGUCUCACAUACGGACUCACACAGGGGAGAAACCCUACACGUGUGAGGAGUGCAGCAGGCAAUUCAGUCAGCUGAAUGCCCUGAAGAACCACAUGCGGACUCACACAGGAGAAAAACCCUACAAGUGUGAGAGGUGCAACAAGCAGUUUAUUCAACUGGCUGGCCUAAAGAUGCACAUGCGGACUCACACAGGGGAGAAGCCCUACAGGUGUGAGGAGUGCAGCAGACAGUUCAGUGUGCCGGGUAAUCUGAAGACUCACAUGCGGACUCAUACCGGUGAGAAGCCCUACAGGUGUGAGGAGUGCAGCAGACAGUUCAAUCUAUUGGGUAAUCUAAAGAAACACAUGCGGACUCACACUGGGGAGAAACCCUAUAGUUGUGAGGAGUGCAGCAAGCAGUUCCGUCAGCAGGGUGAUCUAAAGCUGCACAUGCGUUCUCACACAGGGGAGAAACCGUACAAGUGUGAGGAGUGCAGCAGGCAGUUCAGUCUGCUGAGUAAUCUAAAGAAACACAUGCAGACUCACAAGGGACACUGAAGCCAAACUCUUGUGUAGUAAAUAGGUUGUAUAAAAAAAGAUCUGAAAACUUAUUUCGGACAAACUGUUUGAUACUAGUAUUUAACUUCUAAGCAGAUCUAUCAGUGGCAAAGUAAUAUCUUAAAAGCCAACUAGUAUCCAACAGGCCUUUGGAGUAUUAGGAUACUGCCUUAGGCC